CUGUAGAGGCAGUAGUUUUACUAACCUCUAAGGAGGGAAGUUGCCAGACUGGGGAAGUGAGAUAAGAGGGCAAGAAAAGGGAGAUGACAGAAUUCAGAAGGAAAGUCCCAAAGGGUUUAACUUUUUAAAAUCCAGGUCUUGGGGAAAACCUUCCUGAACAACCGCAAGCUGGGCAGUUUAUCCUCACAGCCAAUGGCAACUGGAAAGAGUUAUGACUGGUUUUCCUCACAAAAAUGUUUGCUGUGAGAAACCUUUUGUCUUCUGUGAAGGAAGAGAACCUUGUAUUUUCUACCGGGAUGUAACUCUGCUUGAUGAAGCUGUUGCGUUAUUUUCCUAGAUGAUACCUUUUUCCGUAGACUCAGAGCUCCAGAGCACUCCUGUAGUUGGAGAGGAUAAAGAACAUUGUCGAAGGUCUGACGCCCUUCAGAAGUAUCAAACUACGACAAGUGGAAGAUUUCUGUCUGAAGAGUCAUCAAAUAUAAAACUUGCACAGUUCUCCCAUUCCAAAUUCUGCACCCUUUGAACUUCCAUUGUUGAUACAUUAUGUUCCACCACUGCCUCUGUGCCGCCUGCGUUGUCUGACCUCCUGUGGAUACCAGCAGCAAGUGGGUGACUUGUGAUGUGCUUAUUUAAAGGGCUUCAUCACUCUCAUGUUUCAUACAAUUUCUCAAGUGAUAAAAGGCAAAUGCUCUGAACAGAACCAAAACGAACAAUGGCCUGUCUUACAAUGACAAAUAUGGAGAGUACAGCAACUUCUACUGUCCACCAGAAUGGUGACGUCCAUGGGAAUACCAGUGCAUCCAAGCAGACAGAACCAUUGCUUCAAGUGUACCUUUAUCAUUCUCCUGGAAAGACAGGAGGAGAUUACCUUCAGUUUCCAGCUGGACAAUAUGUUGCAGAAGAGAUUUGCGCUGUAGCCUGUAAAGCCUGUGGUAUCAUGCCAGUGUAUCAUAACAUGUUUGCACUCAUGAGUGAAACAGAGAGAAUGUGGUAUCCCCCAAAUCACAUCUUCCAUGUGGAUGAAGCAACCAGACUCAUCCUAAUUUACCGGAUAAGGUUUUAUUUUCCCCACUGGCAUUGCAAUGGUACCAGCAGAGCAUAUCGGUAUGGCAUUAUUCGAGGUGCAGAAAGCCCUGUUCUUGAUGAUCUUGUCAUGUCUUACCUAUUUGCACAGUGGCGAGAUGAUUUUUUGGAUGGAUGGAUACAGAUGCCUGUUACUCAUGAAACACAAGAAGAAUGCCUUGGAAUGGCUGUUCUGGAUAUGAUGAGAGUGGCCAAAGAAAAGGACCAAACCCCAUUGGCUAUUUACAAUUCAGUCAGCUACAAAAUGUUUUUGCCUAAAUGUGUGCGAGCAAAAAUCCAAGACUACCACAUUUUGACGAGAAAAAGAAUAAGGUACAGGUUCCGCAAAUUUAUACAACAGUUUGGCCAAUGCAAAGCUACUGCCAGAAACUUGAAACUUAAGUAUCUUAUAAAUCUGGAAACCCUUCAGUCUGCCUUCUAUUCAGAGGUUUUUGAAGUAAAAGAACCUGGUGGAGAUCCUUCUGGACAGGAAAGUUUUGCAACCAUUGUAAUAACUGGAAAUGGUGGAAUUCAGUGCUCAAGAGGAAAACUUAAGGACUGUGAGACACUUGCAGAGCAGGAUUUACAAACAUACUGUGAUUUUCCUGAUAUCAUUGAUGUCAGCAUUAAACAAGCAAGCCAAGAAGGCUCCAGUGAGAGAAGAAUUGUCACAAUUCACAAACAAGACAGCAAGAAUCUGGAAGCUGAAUUUCAGUCAUUAAGAGAAGCUCUCUCCUUUGUAUCAUUAAUUGAUGGAUAUUACAGAUUAACUGCGGAUGCACACCAUUAUCUCUGUAAAGAAGUAGCACCACCAUCAGUCCUUGAAAAUAUCCAAAGCAACUGCCAUGGACCAAUUUUCAUGGACUUCGCUAUCAGUAAACUGAAGAAAGCGGGUAAUCAGACUGGUUUCUACGUUCUUCGUUGCAGUCCUAAAGAUUUCAGAAAAUACUUCCUCACCUUUGCUAUAGAGCGUGAGAAUACCACUGAUUAUAAGCACUGCUUAAUUACGAAGAAUGAGAAUGGAGAAUAUAAUCUUAGUGGAACGAAGAGAAGUUUUGGUAAUCUUAAGGAUCUGUUGACCUGUUACCAGACAGAAACUGUCCGUUCAGACAGCAUAAUUUUCCAGUUCAUCAAAUGCUGUCCUCCAAAACCAAAAGAUAAAUCAAAUCUCCUGGUCUUCAGAAGCAAUAGUGUUUCUGAUGUGCCUUCAUCACCUACACUACAGAGACACAAUAAUAUCAACCAGAUGGUCUUUCACAAAAUCCGGAAUGAGGACUUGAUCUUUGAGGAGAGUCUUGGGCAGGGCACGUUUACUAAGAUCUUCAAAGGUGUAAGGAAAGAAGUGGGAGACUAUGGCCAGCUCCAUGAAACUGAAGUUCUUUUAAAGGUGCUGGAUAAAGUGCAUAGAAACUACUCUGAGUCCUUCUUUGAGGCGGCAAGUAUGAUGAGCCAGCUUUCUUACAAACAUCUGGUGUUAAAUUAUGGAGUCUGCGUAUGUGGAGAGGAGAACAUCCUUGUACAGGAAUAUGUAAAAUUUGGAUCCUUGGACACAUAUUUGAAAAAGAACAAAAAUGUUAUCAAUAUCUUGUGGAAGCUGGAAGUAGCCAAACAGUUGGCAUUAGCCAUGCAUUUUCUGGAGGAUAAAGGCCUUGUUCAUGGAAAUGUCUGUGCAAAAAACAUCUUGCUUAUCAGAGAGGAAGACAGGAAGUCUGGAAACCUUCCAUUUAUAAAACUAAGUGAUCCUGGCAUCAGUAUUACAGUUUUGCCAAGAGACAUUCUUCUUGAACGAAUACCAUGGGUUCCACCAGAAUGUAUUGAGAAUCCCAAACAAUUAAGCCUGACCACAGACAAAUGGAGUUUUGGUACUACUCUGUGGGAAAUCUGCAGUGGAGGAGACAAACCUCUGAGUGCACUGGAUUCUUCAAGAAAACUACAGUUUUAUGAAGAUAGGCACCAGCUUCCUGCCCCCAACUGGACAGAGCUAGCAAACCUUAUAAACAACUGCAUGGAUUAUGAGCCAGAUUUCAGACCUUCAUUUAGAGCAAUUAUACGUGACUUGAAUAGUUUGUUCACUCCAGAUUAUGAGCUGUUGACAGAAAGUGAUAUGUUGCCAAAUAUGAGAAUUGGAGCACUUGGAUUUUCCGGCGCUUUUGAAGAUCGGGACCCAACACAAUUUGAAGAAAGACAUCUUAAGUUUUUACAGCAGCUUGGCAAGGGAAAUUUUGGCAGUGUUGAAAUGUGUCGAUAUGACCCACUGCAGGAUAAUACUGGAGAAGUGGUGGCUGUUAAAAAGCUGCAACAUAGCACAGAAGAGCACCUUAGGGAUUUUGAAAGAGAAAUUGAAAUACUUAAAUCUCUGCAGCAUGAUAACAUUGUUAAAUACAAAGGAGUGUGCUACAGUGCAGGUCGUAGGAAUCUAAGAUUAAUUAUGGAAUAUUUACCAUAUGGAAGUUUACGAGAUUAUCUGCAGAAACACAAGGAGAGGCUGGACCACAAGAAGCUUUUGCUGUAUGCGUCUCAGAUAUGCAAGGGCAUGGAGUAUCUGGGUACAAAAAGGUAUGUUCACCGGGAUUUAGCAACAAGAAAUAUCUUGGUGGAGAAUGAGAACAGAGUUAAAAUUGGAGAUUUUGGAUUGACAAAAGUCUUGCCACAAGACAAAGAAUACUACAAAGUAAAAGAACCUGGUGAAAGCCCUAUAUUUUGGUACGCUCCAGAAUCUCUGACAGAGAGCAAAUUUUCUGUGGCCUCAGAUGUGUGGAGUUUUGGUGUAGUCUUGUAUGAACUCUUCACGUAUAUUGACAAGAGCAAAAGCCCACCAGCUGAAUUCAUGCGCAUGAUUGGCAAUGAUAAACAAGGUCAGAUGAUUGUGUUUCAUUUGAUAGAGCUUUUGAAGAAUAAUGGACGACUACCGAGACCAGAUGGAUGCCCUGAUGAGAUUUAUGCUAUCAUGAAAGAAUGCUGGAACAAUAAUGUUACCCAGCGCCCCACCUUUAGGGAUCUUGCUCAGCGAGUGGAUCAUAUAAGGGACAACAUGGGUGGAUGAGAAAACUGUCCUUUCUUCAGAGGAUGUGUUGGAAUGUAGAACAGAAUGUACUUGGUCUGCUGUGUAUAAUUGACAUAUGUACACAUGUGCAUCUUACCUUUGCUGGAAGUAAAAUCUGUGUGGCAAAUGUCCUAUCUCAAUCUGGAUACUAAGAAAUCCUGCUGGAAUUCUUUAUCGGGAUAUAUUUGUUGCUAUGAGAACAUGGUGAACUUCUCAAUAGGGAGAGAAAUUAUUUUUCUAUAUAAAAUAAUUUAAUAUAUGGUCAGUCUACAACACCAUUAUUUGCCUUCCUUGGCAAUGCAAAAAAGUAGUGACUUAAAAUGUGGUGAGAUUAAGAGAUGAAGACAGUGCUGAAAUGGGGAUGAUGCACAGAAAAGACUUGUAGAAGUCUUCUCACACUGAGUGUAUAGUGACUUGGCACCCUGUUUUGUGUGUUGCACAAGGACUUCUGUUUGUUAAUAUAGUGUUAUAUUUUUUCAUUGUUGAUGCAGAAGUGGCUUUGUUGUAUAACAAAAUAGAAGUGGUUAUGUAACCCAGAAGUUUUUAAUGUGCCUGUCUGAAUCAGUUAUCAGCCAGCAGUAUAUGCAAAGAGACAUAAUAAGCUGUGUGAUGUAAGUAUUCUGAGGGGAAGGGAGCAAAUUGUUCUUAAUUUGGAGAGCCAGAAAACCUACUCAUCCAUGUGAAAAUUUUAAUUUAAAAUGAAAAAGCAAAUGUUACCCAGUUUUUCUUACUCUUCUUUUCCCUGAAUAAGUACUAGAUUCCCUUUACAUAAUUGAAGAUACGGUGAUAACAAGUGAAAUGAAGCCAUUUUAUACAAGGCAGUGUCUUUAGUCUGUUUCUGAAUAUGAAAAAACUAAACAUACUGCUUUUAAAUGCUGCUCUUUAAUUCUUUCCAUCUUUGUAAUUUUCAUGCAGUCACAAGUCUAUCUAUCAGUUGGGAACUUUUCUAAAGCAGAAUUACAAAUCUAGAAAAUGCCCUCCAUUUCACAGUUCCUCACUUUGCUUAAGAUGAUCACCGUAUACCUUCCUUCCAGUACACAAAAAAGAAUGUUUAUGGCCCGGUAUCUGAUACAGCCAGUCACAACUACAUCAAGUCUAUUUUGUAACAAAGUGGCCCAGGUUACCUCCUAUUUCCUUCUGUGGUAAUACCUAACAUAAGACUAUUUGGAAGGAGGAAUUACAAGUGCAAUUGCUCCACACUCAGCAGGGGACAAGUACAUGAUCCCAGUUACUGAGAACUGGAAGGACAUCAGAGCUAUCUGAACAGGUAACUUACGCUGUAUAAUUCAGCUUUUGAAAUAAGUCUAACAAAUUUAUGGACAAGACAGCUCUUUGAUUUUUGCCUUCUGGCAUAAAACUUGGGGAUAAUCUUAUAUCUCAAAGCAGUACAGUUGCAGGUUUUGUUUAUUCUUAGUUCAAAUAAUCUUUGUUGUUUUUACUUAUUCUUAAGCAUUAUUGUUUGCAAAGUACAAUGCUUGUUCUUCUUGGACUUUUGCUGAGAGAAGUUCAAUUAAGGGGAUAUAAACUUGGCAAACUGACCUGACAUCCAGAUUUGUAUUUAAAAUUAAGUGUUCAUUUUUUAUAUUUGUGGCAGUGAGUGAGUGAAAUAGAGCAGUUACUUUCACUGUGGGGUGUCCUUAAGAUUUGUGGUUAACUACAUCCAUCUUAUCAGAAGUUUAAGUACCUCAUCUUUAAAAAAAAAUUUUAAAAAAUCCUUACUUAGUGUAACAUAGUGCCAGUAUAGCAAUGUUUUGUACCACUAUGAUGUUUCUCUCCCACAAUCAGUUAUACAGAAUUAUGAUUUUAUUAUAUGGGAGAUUGCUAAAUAUGGAGGGCAGCAUCAGCCCUCUUUCUGCCCAUUUCAUUUAAUAUUUCUGUUGGUUUUCUUGCCACCAAGCACUUGCAUAUAUAAUUUUUAAAACUAAUUUCACAAUCAGUUUUUAAGCUGCAAAGAACUUUAAAGUGCUUUGUUCAACCUAACAGCUGUCUUCUCCAUUUCUAUACAUGGCUUUGAAGAUUUAAAAUUUUGUGCAAAAUAUGUCUUUGCAUUUGUAAUCUGUUGUGUACGUGAGUUUUGUAACAGAAGAUAAAUCUUUAAAGCAUUGAAACAGCAUUUUAGCUGGAUAAUGUAUGCAGGAAUUAUGUAAAAUUUGCAGUGUAUGACACUCAGUAUCUAACUGGUUUCCAAUAUAUAGUAGACUAAAUGUAAUUUAUGUAAAAAUCUCAGGGAAGUUUGUGUAAUGCAAUGAAGAAAUCUUCCAGUCGGCUAUUUUUUCAAGUGAAUAAAGUCUUUUUCUUGUUCUACUACAGUAUGACUGAUUACAUAGUCUAUUUGAUUGCAUAAAUAUAGUGUUGAACUCAAA